UAUUUUACUUGGCCACAAAAUGAGAGACCAGUAGUCAUCAAGCUCCGCCGCUGAGAAACUCAUCACCACUCAGCACUCAGCCAUGUCUUGCAGAAGCUUGAGUCUGCUACUAAACCCAUUCUCUAGCCGGAGCUCCCGCACCAUAACCCCAGUCUCCUCCUACAAGGCACAAUGCCCUAAAGUCGCGCCUCCGUCGAUUCGUUCUGAUGGCCAGAGCCGGAGACAUCUAUUGUUUCUUAUGACGGCAACAACGGCAAUUACGGCAAUGGAGAUGCCGUCGAUGGCGGAGAACAUAGGGCUAUUUGGAUUGAGGAAGAAGCUGAAGAAGGCAGAGGAAGAAGCGGUGGAGAUCGUGAAGGAAGGAAUUGAGUCAGCUGAGAAAGGAGUCGAAGCGGCGGAGAGACAGAUCGAGGCGGCGGAGAUGGAGAUUGAGACGGAGGUCCGUUUCGGAGGUGGUUUGACGCAGGCGGGAGUGGUUGCCGGUGCGGAGGUUGUUGGGAUUUUGGUUGCUACGUCGGUGGUUAAUGGAAUAUUAGGAUCUGAAAGUUAAUUUUGAAAUUCUGAUUCGAUUACUAUCACAGAUUCACAGGUAAUCCUUAAUCAAACUUCGAUUUUCUGAUUGUUGUUUGUUAAUCAGUUGUUUGAAUUGCAUUGUAUAUCUGUUGAUCGUGUUUGUUUCUUAAAGUAGUUUGGUGAUGAAUACAUGAUCAAAUCAUCAACAGCAUUUGUUUUCAUUUUUUCUUUUAUGGAAUUUACGAUUAGGUAAA